AUGCCGCGGUCAGCGUGCAAAUUCGUUCUUGAGCUGGACUCCCUCCCAGACACAGACUCCGGUGGAGAUCCCCUGCUUAACCCCCGCUCACAGCCCCCAGAGGCCCCCCUGUCCGCCCAGAACUCUUGCGUCUGCGCCAAGUUCUGCCCCAACCUGAGCACUGUCACCUGCCUUCUCUGCUGUGCCCUGAAGAGCAUUUGUCCCCAGCCCACCCCGAGGAGCCUGGGGAUUCUCUCAGGCGGGGGCCCUGCCCGCAUCUUUGUGUUCCCGUGUCCCUCCGUCAGUCCCGCCACCCAGAGCCUGGCACAGUAUUGCUUCCAUAAACACCAGGGUGCCACCGUGUCCCUCUCGGAGACUGUGCAGAAAUGGCGAGAGUACCGACGCCAGUGCCAGCACUUCCUGACCGAGACCCCGCCCCCAGCCACAGACCUCUUCUGCAACCGGACCUUCGAUGACUAUGCCUGCUGGCCGGAUGGGUCCCCAGGCUCCUUCGUGAACGUCAGCUGCCCCUGGUACCUACCCUGGGCCAACAGUGUGCUGCAGGGUCACGUCUACCGGUUCUGCACCGCGGACGGCCUGUGGCUGCACAAGGACAACUCAAGCCUGCCCUGGAGGGACCUGUCCGAGUGUGAGGAUUCCAAGCGGGGGGACCGCAGCUCCCCGGAGCGGCGGCUCCUGUCUCUUUACGUCAUCUACACGGUGGGCUAUGCGCUCUCCUUCUCCGCGCUGGUCGUCGCCUCGGCCAUCCUCCUGGGCUUCAGACAUCUGCACUGUACCAGGAACUACAUCCAUCUGAACCUCUUUGCAUCCUUCAUCCUCCGAGCACUGUCUGUCUUCAUCAAGGAUGCGGUCCUCAAGUGGAUGUACAGCACGGCCGCCCAGCAGCAUCAGUGGGACGGGCUCCUCUCCUACCAGGAGUCUCUGGGCUGUCGCCUGGUGUUCCUGCUCAUGCAGUACUGCGUGGCGGCCAACUACUACUGGCUCCUGGUGGAGGGGGUGUACCUGUACACGCUGCUGGCCCUGUCCGUCUUCUCCGAGCAGCGCGCCUUCAGGCUGUACCUGAGCAUUGGCUGGGGUGUCCCCUUGCUGUUUGUCAUCCCCUGGGGCAUCGUCAAGUACCUCUAUGAGGACGAGGGCUGUUGGACCAGGAACUCCAACAUGAAUUACUGGCUCAUAAUCCGGCUGCCCAUCCUCUUCGCCAUUGGGGUGAACUUUCUCAUCUUUGUCCGGGUCAUCUGCCUUGUGGUGUCCAAACUGAAAGCCAACCUCAUGUGCAAGACGGACACCAAGUGCAGGCUCGCCAAGUCCACGCUAACACUCAUCCCCCUGCUGGGGACGCAUGAGGUCAUCUUCGCCUUCGUGAUGGACGAGCACGCCCGGGGAGUGCUGCGCUUUGUCAAGCUGUUCACAGAGCUCUCCUUCACCUCCUUCCAGGGGCUAAUGGUGGCCAUCCUCUACUGCUUUGUCAACAACGAGGUCCAGAUGGAGUUCCGGAAGAGCUGGGAGCGCUGGCGGCUGGAGCACCUGCGUGUCCAGAGGGAGAACAGCAUGAAGCCCUUCAAGUGUCCCAGCAGCAGCCUCAGCUGCGGGGCCGCAGCGGGCAGCAGCAUGUACGCAGCCUCCUGCCAGACCUCCUGCAGCUGA